AAUUAAAAACAGCAGAGCGCAGCCAGGAGAACGCCAAAGAGGAACAUGGGCAGCCUUCUCCAAAUCCUGCUUGCUCUAUUCAUCUCUGUCAUAGGUGCCCUCUACCUUCUGGGGUCUUUUCGCCGCAGACGAGCUGGAGAGCCGCCUCUUGAUAAGGGCCCUAUUCCCUGGUUUGGCCAUGUGCUGGAAUUCAGGAAGGACACAGCCAAAUUCCUGCAGAGAAUGAAACAAAAACAUGGAGAUAUUUUUACCAUCCAGCUGGGAGGCUUUUAUUUCCAUUUCAUCACAGAUCCACUCUCUUUUGGCUCUGUGGUCAAAGAGGCCAGAACAAAGCUGGACUUUACUAAAUUUGCAGAACAGCUAGUUGCGAGAGUAUUUGGCUAUCAUUCCAUGGAAAAUGAACACAAGGUUCUCCAGGCUUCAAGUACCAAACAUCUCAUGGGAGAUGGUCUGGUCGUCAUGACUCAGGCAAUGAUGUCCAAUCUUCAGAAUCUGAUGCUCCAUAGUGUUGGAUCAGGAGAUCAGGACAAGCAAUGGCAAGAAACUGGACUCUUUACAUACAGCUACAAUAUCGUGUUUCGUGCUGGCUAUCUGGCUCUGUUUGGGAACGAGUCGGUCAAAAGUACAGGAACUUUAGACAAAGCAAAGGCAAUUGACCGACAGAAUUCUGACGAACUUUUCAAGGAAUUCAGAAAAUAUGACCAGUUAUUCCCGAAUCUGACUUAUGGUGUCCUGGGACCCAGCGAGAAGAUGGAAGCCGAGCGUUUGAAAAGGCUGUUCUGGAGCACGCUUUCAAUAGAAAAGAUGAGAUCCAGAGACAACAUCAGUGGCUGGGUCAGUGAGCAGCAACAGAUGAGAGAUGAACAGGGCAUGCAGGAGUUCAUGCAGGAUCGAUACAUGUUUCUGCUUCUGUGGGCCUCUCAGGGAAACACUGGUCCUGCUGCGUUCUGGCUGCUAUUUUACCUGAUGAAGCACCCUGAUGCAAUGAACGCCGUGAAGAAAGAAGUUGAGGAGAUUCUGAGAGAAACGGGGCAGGAGGUGAAACGAGGCGGGCCGCUGAUUGACCUGACUAGGGAUAUGCUCCUUAAAACUCCCAUCCUAGACAGUGCAGUCGAGGAGACCCUCCGCCUGACAGCUGCCCCGGUCCUUACAAGAGCUGUUUUGCAGGAUAUGACCAUCAAGAUGGCCAGCGGACUGGAGUACAAGAUCCGAAAGGGCGACAGAGUGGCCAUUUUCCCCUACAUAGCCGUUCAGGUGGACCCAGAAGUUCACCCAGAUCCCUACACCUUCAAGUACGACCGUUUUCUCACGCCAGAUGGAAGCAAAAAGACUGAUUUCUACAAAGGUGGAAAGAAACUCAAGUACUACAACAUGCCUUGGGGUGCAGGAACCACUAUGUGUCCCGGAAGAUUCUUUGCCACAAAUGAGCUGAAGCAGUUUGUCUUUCUCAUGCUGUCCUACUUUGACUUUGAGCUGAAAAACCCAAAUGAAGAGAUUCCAGGUAUUGAUAUCAGACGAUGGGGCUUUGGCUCCAUGCAGCCAACUAAAGACGUCCAGUUUCGAUACAGACUCAGAUUUUAAAAGGUUUCAUCUUAAUAUUACACUGCAAUCUCAUACACUGAAGCUUCAACAAUAUUCCUUAAUGAAAGCGGGCUUUAAAACUGACAUGCAUGCUCACAUUUACUGGGUCCUAAAUUAUCCCAAAAUAUCUCGCAACCUGAACGUUUCAACAGUUCAAUGAGCUUUGCAUUUACUCUGUGUUGCCCAAAGACUGUGUCAGUGCAAAGAACAGAGGUUAUACUGCAUACAUAGGAACAAUAUAUUUAUAAAAACAUGUAAUUUUGUGCAUAAUAAAUCUACCUUUUUAAAAAUGUCAACAUUUUGUGCAGAUUGCUUUUUUUGGUAUUUAAGAGAAAAACAAGAUAUAUGAGGUAUAUAUUAUAUAUAAAAUAAAAUAAAUAUAUUACUCAUU